AUGGCAAACAACAACCUUGAGGUGGGAAUGAGGUGUAUAAAAUAUAUGCUGCUGUGCGUGACAGCUAUAUUUGUGCUGACAUCAGCCCUCAUAAUCUCAGUGGGGACUACGAUCUAUGCAAUCUACCAUGAUGUCUCUUAUUUCCUGGACGACCAGCUGUUCUCUCCUGCGACCUUCGUUAUCGUAAUUGGUAUCAUCAUGCUCUUCGUAUCGCUGUUCGGUUGUAUCGGUGCCUUGAAGGAGAGCACAUUCUUGGUUAACAUCUUUGCAGUGGUCCUCAGCGUGGUUCUGGUACUGGAGAUAGCAGCUGCUAUUACCGCGUACGCAAUGCGGGCCCGAGUAUCGCAGAUGCUUGACGAUAACCUCAGGGCUACCUUACCAUACUAUUACCAGAACGCAGAGGUCGAGGCCGCAUACGACUUCGUUCAAAGUCGGUUGAACUGCUGUGGUGUGGACAGCUACCUCGACUGGGGCGAGGUCCAAACUCCGGCGGGCGUUCCCGGACUGUCUGUUGCCAAUAUCACGGUGCCCAACUCCUGCUGUGCGCAGUCUCGGUACACGGUCGUCGAGGAUUUGGAGGUGGCGGAGUGCACCAAGCUUUACGCUAAUGGAUGCCUGCCCAGGGUCAUCUACCUGGUGUACCAAAGCGCUGGCUUGUUGGGUGCUGGAGCUAUGACCAUAGCCUUUAUUCAGAUCAUCGGUAUCAUUUUCUCGUUCUCGCUUGCCAACUCCAUUCGUAAGGCGAAGAGUGAGCGCGAGCGUAGACGAUGGGAGAUCCAAGAGCGCAUGAUCAACGCGUACACCUCUCUCAACCCCAACAAUGAGAAGUCGGCACCGGUCGUUUACGUCCCGUUCCACGGGCAGACCACAGCC